UUCAAGAACAGUAUACGGCGCGAAACUGGUCGCUACCAAAUUAGCCAACCACAAACACCUGUGAGGCUCGUACGGGCCCAAAAUACGUCAGAACCACAAGUAACCGAAUACGUGUUCAGAUCGGAGUGCUGUGUACGCCCGGUUUUCUCCCUGAGAAACAUGGAACAAGACCCCUCCAAGUCUUCGCUCUUCUACCUUUUCCAGGAGGUUUCCAACUUGCAGCUUCCGGGCCAUGACAACUUUCUCGACUCAAACUUUCACUCCACGUGGCUCAACAAAUCCACCACAGGCAGCUUAACUGUCCCAAAGAUGGAGGUUGAUAUUCGCGAGGGCUGCUGUCAACAGUGCCCUGAAUGUGUGAUGCCUUGCCAAGAAGCCGUCGAGAUCGGCUCGGAGGAUUCGUAUUUGGGUGAGCAGGGUUCUGAAUGCAGUAGCCCCUGGAAAGUUCUGAGUCUCAUCAACCUGCAGUGUGAGAGGCUCAUGCAUGAUAGAGAUGGAGGAGAGAUGUGCGGCAGGAAAUUUGCCAAGUCAGCAGUGAAGCCCAGACGGAAGACGGAUCAGACUGUGGAAUCAACAUUUGAACCUCAUCACCUGUCUAGUCGUACUCAGAAUGGAGGCAUUCAGCUCCUCACAGCAGCGCAGCCAGAACAAGUGACGUCUUCCGAUGUAGCCAAUAAGUGUGAGAUGGUUUGUACUGUCACUGAAAGCAUCCCUGACACCACCCGUAUCACCUUGCCUUCAAUGAAGAAAGCAGCCGACAUGCCAGACUCUGCACAAACUCAGGACCACAACAGCAACCAUGUUUACGUGACUGAGCGCCUUCUUGAGUUCAGUCUGCCGCCAAACGCAUCAUCCUCAUCAUCAAACCACACUUCAGAGCUCUUAGUGGUGACACACAGUCACAAACUCUCCCCUGAGCCAAAAUGUUCUCCGCUUCCAAUGGAGGAGUCCCAGUGGAGACCCCAGGAAGAAACCUUCACCCCUGGAUUUACUAAAGAAGAGAACCAUCUGCCUCCAUCUUCCAGCAACGGUUCUCCCAAGUCAUCGCGAAGAUCCAAAACUCAAAGAAAACAGUCCAACCCCACUCGCAGUGUGAGUCUCCAGGAUGCGAAUGUCCAGGGAGUGGCGUUCACGAUGGACGCCCAUUUGGAUGAAAGCAAGGAACACUGUCGUCUCCUCAUCACUUCAAAAUACAGUGAGAAGCUCCUGAGGCGUGCUCGCAGGACACGGAGAAGGACUCGGACAGCCAUAACUCUGAAAACAAGCAGCUCAGACGAAGGAAGUGACAUGACAAACGCCACCAGAGGUGGUAAAGUGUGUGCGUCAUGCUGCACCAAAAAGACUCCAAUGUGGAGAGAUGCCGACGAUGGGACUCCUCUCUGCAACGCCUGUGGGAUAAGGUACAAGAAGUACAGAGUGCGCUGUGGGAACUGCUGGCACAUUCCUCGGAAAGAGAACAACUCUAAUUCAUGCUGCCUGAAGUGUGGAACUUCUGUGAGGUCUAUGGGAGGAAGCAAACGUAGCGAACAUUAGGUUCCUCGCGCAGACUCACCUGUCCACGUCUUGUUCUUGCUGUUCUUGCACUUCUUGCAUUUAAUUUUAUUUCUAAAUUAUUUAAAUGACAUUCCAACAUGAACGAUACCUGAUUUCUGUAGCCGGGUGGCUUUGAUAACUAAAGCCACACUGAAGGAAGUUCCUGCUGAACUUUCGAGCUGAUUCAUCAGACAAUAAUAUGUGGUACUGUGUUUUCUCUGUUUCUGUCUGGUUUAAGUGGCAGCUGCUGUCAUGUUGUAUUUGACAAUGAUUGUUUAAAGAUGUUUCAUGUUCAUUUUUGGUGGUUCGAUUGUUUU